AUGCCUUCCAGGGACGAAGCAGAGGGGUUCCAGGUCGACAGUGCGGAGACGCAUACUCAGUUCCACAAGCGUCAUUAUAAACUAAAACCGUUCGAGGACUAUGACGUUGAUGUCAAGGUAGAAGCCUGCGGGAUCUGUGGAAGUGAUAUUCAUACCAUCACUGGUGGAUGGGGUCCUAAGCUCUUCCCUCUAUGUGUCGGCCACGAGAUCGUGGGCACUGCCAUUCGUGUUGGACCCAAAGUGACGUUGAUCAAGGAAGGCCAACGAGUCGGUGUCGGGGCCCAAGUAUUCUCCUGCGGCACCUGCAAGCAAUGCAAGAACGACAAUGAGACGUAUUGCCCGAACGUCAUCAUGGACACGUACGGCUCCAAGUGGCCUGACACUGGCAUCGUCAGCCAGGGAGGAUACGGCUCCCAUGUCCGAGUCCACGAGCACUGGGUGUUCCCCAUCCCCGAGAAGCUGGCCACCACUUCUGUCGCUCCCAUGCUGUGCGCUGGCAUCACUGCGUACUCACCUCUCGUCCGCAACGGCUGUGGCCCCGGCAAGAAGGUCGGAAUCGUCGGACUGGGCGGCAUCGGGCACUUUGGCGUCAUGUUCGCAAAGGCGUUAGGGGCCGAGACCUGGGCCAUCUCACGCACGCGGGCCAAGGAGGCAGACGCCCGCAAGCUGGGAGCAGACGGGUUCAUUGCCACGGCCGAAGAGGGCUGGGAGAAGCCGCACAAGUUCUCCUUUGACCUGAUCAUCAACUGCGCCAACUCGUCCAAGAACUUUGCGCUGGACAAGUACCUGUCCCUGCUGGACGUGCAUGCCAAGUGGGUGAGCGUUGGGUUGCCCAAGGAAGACGGCCCGUCCAUCAAGGCACAGAGCUUCAUCGCCAACGGGGUGCUGAUGGGUGCCAGCCACCUGGGGAGCCGCAGGGAGAUGCUGGAGAUGCUGCAGCUGGCGGCCGAUAAGGGGCUGCAGAGCUGGGUCGAGGAGGUCCAGAUAGGGGAGGACGGCCUGCGAGACGCCGUGACGAGGAUGAAGAAGGGCGACGUCCGCUACCGCUUCACGCUGACCGGCUACGACGCUGCCUUCCCCAAGCCUCCCCGUCCGUCGCUAUAA